AUGAGUACAAACGGUUUAACAACAACAACUGCCUAUUAUCAACCAACAAAUUUGAAAACAUUACAUACGGCAUCAAAUUCACCCUCAGUUAAAGCUUUGUCAUUAGAAUAUCAAAAAUUAUUAAAGGAACCAGUUGAAGGUUUUACGGUGAAACUUGAUGAUAAUACCAAUUUGUACAAAUGGCAUGUAGGAAUAUUUGGCCCUCCUGACACGUUGUACGCUGGUGGUUAUUACAAAGCUGAUAUGGAAUUUCCAACCACUUAUCCAUUUGCUCCGCCAAAAGUUCGAUUUUUAACAAAAAUGUGGCAUCCAAAUAUUUACGAAAAUGGGGAGGUGUGUAUUUCGAUUUUACAUCCGCCUACGGAAGAUCCACAGUCUGGCGAACAUGCAUCUGAACGUUGGAAUCCAACACAAAACGUUCGCACAAUAUUAAUGUCCAUAAUUAGUUUACUAAAUGAGCCAAAUUGUUCAUCUCCAGCUAAUGUUGAUGCAAGUGUUAUGUACAGAAAAUUUAAAGAACAUAAAGAUCCUGAAUAUGAAACUAUUAUUAAGAAACAAGUAAAUGAUUCGAAAAUUGUUGCCGAACAAGAAGGUAUUACUAUACCAAAAACAUUAGAUGAUUAUGUUGCACCAUCAAAACUAAAUAAAAAAACAUUGAUAGGAGGCAUUAGUCGAGAUGAUGAGGAUGAGACAGAUUCGAUGUUGGGUAGUGAAAAUGGAAAUAAUUUGUCGGAAAAUGAUGAUGAUGAAGAAUAUAUGGAAGACGAAGAAGAUGAAGGACGAUAA